UUGCACAAACACCCAAUUUUUCUCUGAUUAUAAUUUGAAGUUGGAAUCCAGAAAAAAGGAAAAAUGCACGGGAGGGAUAGUUCUAGUGGGGCUUUUGAAGAGCCAAGGAUGGUAGUGAGGAAGUUCUUGGCUAGGCCCCAGCUUGAGGGAGUAGGAGCUGUUGUGAGGAGAAGCAUAGGAAGGUUUGAGUUGAGAUACUUUGAUCCCUUUCUUGUUUUGGAUGAAUUCUCAGUUACUGCCCCUGCUGGAUUUCCUGAUCAUCCACAUAGAGGAUUUGAGACAGUCACCUAUAUGCUGCAGGGAGCUGUUACACAUGAAGACUUUGAAGGGCACAAGGGGACUAUAGGCCCCGGUGACCUCCAAUGGAUGACUGCAGGGAGAGGAAUUCUUCACUCAGAAAUGCCUGCAGCACAAGGAACUCAGAAGGGUCUGCAGCUGUGGAUCAAUCUCUCCUCCAAACAAAAAAUGAUUGAGCCAAGGUAUCAAGAGAUAUCGAGUAAGGACAUUGCAGAAGCAACAGAAGAUGGAAUCAAGGUUAGAGUCAUAGCUGGCGAGGCAUUAGGGACAAAGUCACCAGUCUACACCAGGACCCCAACAAUGUAUCUAGACUUUACUCUCAAACCUGGUGCUCACCUUCGGCAACCAAUACCAAUGUCAUGGAAUGCAUUUGUUUACGUCUUGGAAGGUGAAGGCGUCUUUGGCAGCUCAAAAUCAUCACCAGUGACAGCCCACAAUCUUCUCCUUCUGGGAUCAGGGGAUGGUUUGGAGGCAUGGAACAAAUCCUCCAAAUUGCUGAGGUUCAUUCUAGUUGGAGGUCAACCAUUGGGGGAGCCUCUGGUGCAGUUUGGACCCUUUGUUAUGAACACACAAGAAGAGAUUGAUCAAACAAUAGAUGAUUUUGAGAACUUCACCAAUGGAUUUGAGAAAGCCAGGCAUUGGAGAUCGGAAGCUGCUAUUGGUCUCGAUUUAUAAUUCUUGUUUCAUUUCACAUUUUCAUGAAAAGGAAAAUAAUACCGAUGUCUCAGUAUUCAUUCAAUAUGUAAAUUUUUUUUUUCUUCUGUAGGAAAAAAUCAAGUAUAUUAGGUAAAGAGGUGUCAUUAGUUUACUUAAUCAUAUCAAAUCAACGCUUAUUAGGUUUGAGCUGUCAACAUUCAAAAUCCAAACCCGGAACUUCUGGAGAAAUUUCUGCGAAAUUGUGCUGGUUUGGAAGAAUUUGUACUUGAGUAUGAUCUUGGGCAACAAAGUAGAAGAUUUCAAAACUAGCAGAGUCAAUGCAAGUAUUUUCAUAUCUCUGUAUUAUGACUUCAUAAUUAUGGUAAGGGUAUAUGUACACUAGUAUUUUUUAUAAAUCAAAAUUUAUGUA